AUGGAGAGUCCCCGUGUCGCACUGUUGAUCAUUUUGCUUCUUUUCGUCUUUCUCACUCCAGAACAGCCUGCACGACGCUUGCGCCAACUCGACUCGGAUCGCAUCGAGGAUGAGCGUCGAGCAGGACUCGACGUUUUGGCAAAUUCAUCUUACGGGCAAAUCAAUCCGAAAGGAAAUAGCUGGUUGAACUUGACAGGCUUUCGAAAAGUCGAUGGCUACAAAUGGGAUUCCCUAUCACUCGCGCAGGACCUGAGCCGAGGUCAGUUUGAAACCAACUGGGAGGGGAUAGAUGUGACCGAUAAUUUGCCCAUCUUUCAAAGGGUCACGGGGGAGGUUCGUGGCAAGUUCUACCACGAUGAGAUCUCCGGCAUCUCUCCAGUUAUCAACCUGACCGCCCUGGACCCAAGAAUGGACUAUCUCACGGACAGAUUCGAAAGAAAUAUCACUGAACGUGAAGGCGAGCUCAGUCUAUCCAUCCACGAUGUCAAUGAGAGGCCAGUUCGAGAAGCCUCCUCAAUCAAAGCGGACAUUUCCAUUUGGACAGAUUCCUCUCCUGGCAAUGGUUGGCAGGCCAAGCUCCAGGGCGUCCAUCUUCCUUCGGGCCAGAUCAUCAUGUCUACGGCCAGUUCCAAAUUCGACGCUCUGCCCGCUCUUCCGCAUUUUGCCCUGGAUGUUACAGCUUUCAAUGCAUCGAUACCCGUGGUGAACGAGACAAUUCACGAAAUGUGGGACAGAGCCUUCGACGACGGAGUCGAUGGACUGGUAUUUGCUCCUCAAUGCGAACUCAUCGUCUGGCUGCAGCCGAUACCGUAUAGGUUUUCCAGUCUUGAUUCAACGAGAGCCAGUGAUUUCCUUCACCGAGUUGAACAGGAGCUAUCUCAGCCAGAAGGCGCUCCUGUCGGACAGUCGCCACCGUUGAGCUUUUCAGCCGUCGUUUUCUCGCCCGACUGCGGUUACAUCUUAUCAUCUCCCACGCUUUUCGGGCCUAAAAUCGAGACGUACUGGACUCUAGCACAGCGAUUGCUGUUUGCAUACGUCAUCUCGAUUGGGAUGCAAAUCGCUCUUCUCAAACGGCAAAUGGAAAAGGCUUCCACGCCCUCGACCCGAAGCCGCAUUGCUUACCAAAGUAUUGUCAUUGCUGCACUAGGUGAUGGCUUGCUCUUGUUUGCGCUCAUGGCACUGCUCAUGGUAGAUGAUGCAGCUUUCUUAAUGGUCGCAGCAGCUGCCUAUCUGGCCUGUAUACACGUUGCCUUUCUGGAGGUGAAGUUCGUCUUUGACAUCUGGACAGUCCAGGUCGGCGACCCUGCGCGUGCGGAACAGGAACGUCAACGGAGGGCCACCACAAAUCCGGCAGCUACACCUGCUUCAGCAUCGACUGGUGUCCAAACAUCAAGCGCCGAUGCCACGGUCGGCCUGCCUCUUCCAGCCACAGCUCCAAGGCCUGAUGGAGCUACUCCAGUGAUCAUCCCCUCCGAUCAGGGAAACCCGGUGCCAGCAGAGAUUCCGAGCCCACGUGCCUCCUUUGCUGCCAUUUACAGUCGAUUCUACUUCUCGCUCGUGAUGCUCAUGUUCUUUUCCCUCUGGGCAACGACGUGGCCAAGAGCCUUGCGAUCGGCUUAUGUGAACCUUUUGGUAUUAUGUUACUUCUCAUACUGGUGGCCACAGAUCUAUCGCAACGCAAUGCGUAACUGUCGAAAAGCCCUGAGCUGGGAAUAUGUGGUCGGCACAAGUAUUCUUCGCGCAGUGCCAAUCCUCUAUUGGUAUUUCGCCGAUAAUAACCUCCUUUCCAUCGACACGAGCCCGACUGCCGCUGUUAUCUUGCUUGGUUGGCUGUGGCUUCAAGUCGCGCUCCUUGCGAGCCAACAGUUCCUAGGCCCCCGUCUUCUUGUGCAAGAUUCCUGGUGCCCGCCGGCCUACGAUUACCACCCCUUACUCCGUGAGGAUGAUGUCGAAGCAAAUGGGAUGUCCAUCGGGCGGCUCGCCUCUGCGUCUGAGGCCAAAGACAAAGACGACAGAACCCGCAAGGUGUUCGAUUGCGCCAUUUGUAUGAACGAAAUCGAUGUGCCAGUUCUGUCGAAAGCAGACAUGCCUUGA